ACAGAUCAAUAAUGGUCCAACACAGCAUCCCAGAACUUAGUAUAUAUUGGGUGGAGAAUGGGGUGAAAGGGGUGAAGUAGAGGAAGCCCCUCUAGUAAGAUAGAAGAGAAGCCAAAGAAAACAUUUCAGAACAUUUCAGUUAACAUUAAAUGCUUGAAAAAAGUAGUUCAUUUAAAACAUACACAUGACAAGACACAAUUUGAGAUGCGUGGACUUUUACGUGGUACUUUAUAUUGUGCACUAUGGUACAGCAGCAUAGUGGCUGGUUUUCUAUUUAUUGCUUGCCCUAUGUUACCACUGUUAUUUUUUAGUCCUCCAAAGUUUCGAAAAUGUGGCGAUCUAUUACUUGCUUGUUGGGAACUUUAUUCCACAGCUCUUUUAAAAGUAUUUGGUGUAAAAAUUUUGGUAUCAGGAGACCAUAUAUCUCCAAAUGAAUCUGCUGUUCUUGUAAUGAAUCAUAGAACACGGGUGGAUUGGAAUUUUUUGUGGGCUGCAAUGUAUCAAGCAUGUUUACCUAAUGUAGCAACUCAUAGAUUAAAAUUUGUUUUAAAGGAUCCUAUACGACAUAUUCCAGGACCAGGAUGGAUAAUGCAAAUGUAUGGUUUCCUUUAUAUAACUCGUCGCUGGGAAGAAGAUCAAAACCGAUUGUCACGUACCUUGGAUUAUUUAGUGGCUCUUGAUAGGCGCUCUCAAUUGCUUAUAUUUCCCGAGGGUACUGAUCUAACAAAAAACAGCAAAGAGAAAUCUGACAAAUAUGCCAUGCAACAUGUUCUGCCACAAUAUUCUUUUACUCUUCAUCCAAAGACAACAGGAUUCAGUUAUUUAGUUCGACAUCUUCAACAAGCAAGUUAUCUCAAUGCUGUUUAUGAUUUAACAAUUGCAUAUCCUGAUUAUAUUCCACAAUCUGAAUUAGAUUUGAUCAAAGGAAAAUUACCAAAUGAAGUACAUUUUCAUAUUAAGCGAAUACCAUCAUCGGAUGUGCCAACAGAUGAUUUAACAUUAAGGCGAUGGUUAGAGGAAAAGUGGUUUAACAAAGAAGAAAUAUUAAAACAAUUUUAUGAAAAGAAAACUUUUCCUGCUGAAAUUUGGCCGUUAACAAAAUUACGUCCUUUACAUAUUGCCUUUAGUUUCUGGAGCAUUCUAACAGGAUGUAUGAUAGUUUUACUUAUUAUUUCACCAGUAUUCCAAUUAUGGACACUGGUACAUUCAGUUUUUUUUAUUGCUCUAUCAUUUUUUACUACUGGUUUUAAUCAACUUGAAAUGGGAUGGUAUUGGCGUUGGAGAACACACUUCCUUACAAAAAAAUAUGAUUAAUAAAAUUUUAAACUAUUUAAUGCAAAUAGAUUUCAGUAUUAAAUUCCAAUAUUAAAUUAAAUUAUUUCUAAAACUUAUUUAAUUUUCAAAAAUCGAUGAAAGAUAUUAAUUUUAACAAGUUUAUAUAUUAGAAAUUUUAAGUGGUAUAAUGACAAUUCAAAGCAGAGCAUAGAAUAUGUGGGAACACUUAUCUUAUAGAUAAUAUAUAAAUUUAAUAUGUACUAAUUUAAAAAAGUUGUUUUAGGACAAACACAAUUUAAUAUAUUUGACUGAAAUAUAUAAUAAUAAUGCUAGUCUAAUAUCAUAAAUUAAAGGUAUUACUAUAGUGUACUAGAUAAAAAAAAUGAUGGAACUAUAAAAUUAUAAUACUUUAAUGUUGUGGGAAAAUUAGCCCUCCAUAGAUUACUGAGUUAUAAAAAACAAUUUAUAUUUUACAUUUUUUAGUUCUAAUUAUAGAAAAUAAAGAUUGUAUAUAUCAUAUAUACACCAUAAUAUUUAAUUUAUUCUUUUAUACCAUGUGCUAUGGUUUAAAAAUUACUGUUUUUCAUAAUUUUGUUUAUAGCUUGAUACAGUUUGUAAACUAUGGAGAGUUGAUACUAAUAUCGACAAGUUUU